CUAUGUCACCCUAUAUGAUUUAAUUUUGAUAAAAUCAAGGUCAAAUAUGAAUGGGGGUUAUCGAAUUCCAUGUGUAACUUUUUAAAGCAUCCAAGAGAAGUACCAGAGCAAUUUAGGUUUAAAACCAGAUAUGAAGCGCUCAAGAUUUAUGACUUCUAACGGAGAAGUCGGACUCGUCCGUCAAGUUUCAAAGAAGACUCUCACCCAUUUCCCUUUAUCCCACCUCAUGCAAGAUAAAUAAACACUGACCAUUCUCAAUUUCUUCUGCCUUCAUGGGAAGGCAUAUGAACAAAAACAAAAAGAAAGAAGAAGAACUCAUUUUAAUUACGGUGGCCAUUCACCUGUGCUGAAGAACUUGCGAAAAAGGCGGAAAAGUGGAUUUCAAGAUAUAAAGUAAGGAACCACGCGAGAAUGGUCGCCAGUCGCGGUUAGGAACGAUGCAGAACGCACCGGCAAGUAGAAAAUUUGUUGGAUUUGCUGCCUUGUUAGUGGUGCUUGCUAUAUUUGGUGUUCGAGACGGAUACGGUUGGAAUUUUCAUAAAUAUGGCUACGGUGGAUAUCAGACAAGCGGAAGAGAGGACAAAAUCAAAAAUGUUCAGAAGGAGUAUGACUUCAUCAUCGUGGGCGGUGGCAAUGCAGGGGCUGUUUUGGCCAAUCGCUUAUCGGAAAUAUCACAAUGGAAGAUUUUGUUGAUAGAGGCUGGAGGAGAGGAUAAUAUUCUAUCGGAUAUACCUUUAUUCGCAGCUUAUCUUCAAUCCACAGCUCUUAAUUGGAAUUUUGUUUCAGAAAGGCAAGAGGGUACUUGCCUAGGGAUUAAGGAUGAGCGAUGUCCUGCGCCCAAAGGAAAAGGAUUGGGAGGAAGCACAAUCAUAAACUAUAUGAUUUAUAACAGAGGAAAUCCAGCAGAUUUCGAUAACUGGGCUGCGGCUGGAAAUGAAGGUUGGUCCUAUAAGGACGUGUUACCAUACUUUAUGAAAUCUGAGAAGGUGACAUUCAAAGACACUAACAAACAACCAAAACAUGGAAAAGGUGGACCAGUGAAUGUUGAGUAUGUGCCAUAUAGAUCUCCACUUGUGCACGCGUUUGUCAAAGCUAACGAACAACUUGGCCGGAAAAUAGUGGAUUAUAAUGGUGACUCCCAACUCGGCGUCGAUUAUCUUCAAGCCACAACUAAACGUGGGAAAAGAGUAACUUCUGCCUCAGCAUAUCUUGACACAAUUCGAGUAAGAAAGAAUCUACAAAUUUUAACGAAUGCGCGAGUAACAAAAAUGUUGAUCAAUUCAAAAACAAAAACUGCAAAUGGUGUGGAAUAUCUGUGGCAGAAGCAAAAGUAUAAAGUGCACGCGAGAAAAGAAGUCAUACUUUCAGCGGGUUCAUUUCAAUCCCCUCAACUUUUGAUGUUAUCCGGUAUUGGACCACGAAAACAUUUGGAAGAUCUGAAUAUUCCGGUGUUGAUCGACUUGCCGGUUGGUGAAACUAUGUAUGAUCACUUGUGUCUUAUUGCGUUGUCAUUUUUCACCAAUACUACCAGGGCCGCUUUCAGUACUGACCGAUUGGGAGUUCCAGAAGUGUUCGAUUACAAACUUGGAAACGGAGCUCUUACUGUCCCAGGAGCAUUGGAAGCAUUGGCAUUCGUUAAAACUGAAAGUUCCAGUGAACCCCGAGACGUUCCCAAUAUAGAAUUACUGUUUCUUGGUGGAACCCCAGCAUCUGACUUCGGAACGGGCACAGUUCGAGGAUUUUCAUGGAAACAAGAUGUCUACGACACAUUAUAUAAAACAACCGAAGGACAGGAUCAGUUUACGAUUGCUGUCAUGUUAUUUCAUCCAAAGUCAAGUGGCUACAUCCGACUCAAAGACAGUAACCCGCUUCAUUGGCCUUUGAUAUAUCAUAAUUUUCUAACUGAACCGGAAGAUUUGGAUACUAUGGUGGAAGGAAUAAAGGAAGUGUUACGUCUAAUAGAAACAUCAGCCAUGAAAGCGAUAGGAGCUCGUAUCAACGAUACUCCAAUACCCACAUGUGCUAGAUAUACCUUCGCGACCGAUACCUACUGGAAGUGCUUGGUACGGUCUCUCGCCAGUACGUUGCAUCAUCAAGUGAGUACAUGCCGUAUGGGUCCGGCAGAAGAUCCAAAGGCUGUAGUGUCACCACAGCUUUUAGUACAUGGAACCAAAAAUAUAAGAGUGGUAGAUGCUAGUGUUAUGCCUUAUGUUCCAACUGGUCACACACAAGCUGCUGUUUAUAUGAUAGCCGAAAAAGCAGCCGAUAUGAUAAAGGAUCAUUGGAACUGGGGCAUUGAUUACGAUUAGGAUCUCCUCAACGAUCUUGUUAGAAAAAAAAAAUACAUCGAAUACUUAUUUUUGUCUUUGA